UGAGAAGGGCCUGAUAGUCGACAUCAAGGCCCGUAUGGUUGCGCGGGGUUUCUCUCAAAUCCCCGGCAUCGACUUCCGCCACUCAUCCUCAGCGUGCCCGUCUGCAGCGUCUAUCAAGACGGUGAUUGCCGUAGCCACUGAAAAGGGCAAGAAACUCGCUCACUGGGAUGUGAAGCAAGCGUACAUCCACGCUAAGCUAAGAGAAGAAAUAUACCUCAGUUUCCCGGAAGGCUGUAGUAGCAUGUCCGGCAAGGUGGUCAAGAUUGAGCGUGCCCUGUAUGGCCUAAAGCAGAGUGGCCGUGAGUGGGGGUUUGAAGCUGCCGAUGCCCUCAUCGAGAAUGGAUACGAGCAGUGCAGGGUUGACCCGUGUGUCUUCCGGAAGGUGGUGGAUGGAGAGGUCGUAGGCCUCAUCGUGAUCUACGUUGAUGACAUCUUAGUGGCGGCAGACGAGGGAGACCGAGAGGAGUUGUUCGCUUCCCUCAACAAGAAGUUUCCGGUGAAAGAUCUGGGGGAGUGUACCUGGUACGACGGGUGUGCUAUCGUCAUGGAUGUAGAAAACGGCAUCACCAAGCUGUCCCAGACAGCAUACAUUGAGAGUAUGCUGAAGCGGUUUGAUGUGACCACAAUCGCUUUCAUCCCUGCUGCUACCGAUGCCGACCUAGGGCCGAAGAGAGAUGACGAGCCCGCGGUGGAUAAGCCUGUGAGGGAGGCGAUCGGAUGCCUGAUGUGGACGAAGCUGACGAGGCCAGACAUCGCCCUGCCUCUGAACAAGCUCCAGAAGAUCGCCCACUCACCCACCGGGAGGAUAUGGAACGCGCUUGUGCGGAUCAUGUCCUACCUGAACUUCACGAAAGACUUCGGCAUCACCUACGUACGGGGGUCAGGACUAGACCUAAAUGUGUUUGUCGAUGCCAGCUACGCUGACAGCGAAGUAGACAGGCGUUCUACGACCGGGCUAGCUGGCGUGAAGGAGGCGUUGUUUGUGCGUGGCGUUCUGUCGUUCAUAGCGCCCGAGACGAGUGGGGCGAAGAUCAAGGUCCUUGAGGACAACAAGGGGGCUCUCGCCUUAAUCGAGAACCCGUUCAGCUCAGCGAGGAGCAAGCACAUCGACGUGCGGUUCCAUUUCAUUCGCGAGCUAUUCGAGUCGGGCAAGAUCACUGCAGAGUAUGUUCCGACUGGAGAGCAGCACGCCGACAUGCUGACCAAGGUCCUUGGCAGAGAGAAGUUAGAGUACCACCGGAAGGCUCUGAUGAACCUACCGAUGUAG